AUGCCAUCCGCAAUCGCGAUUAAAAAGGUGGAUGGCAAACCAGGACAGGUCUACUAUCCCCUCGAGAAAAUCACGAUUCCAGAACCAAAACCCUCAGAUAAUGAAGCCGUCAUAACCCUCACAGCCGCCGCCCUUAACCACCGCGACCUCUUCAUCCGCCAACACCUCUACCCAGGCACAGCCUUCGGCGUGCCCCUCCUUGCCGACGGCGUCGGAGUCGUCACAUCCACCGGUUCAUCCCCCGCAGGUCGUAAAUGGAGAGGAAAGCGCGUCCUCCUGAACCCGGGGACUGGCUGGAAAGACAGUCCCGAUGGCCCUGAGCAUCCAAAGGGCUAUGCGAUUAUGGGCGGCACGAAAUUUAAUCCUGCAGGCACGCUGGCAGAGGUGGUUACAAUGGAUGUCGGUGAUUUGGAGGAGUGUCCGGAGCAUCUAUCUGAUGCGGAAGCGGCGGCGUUGCCGUUGACUGGACUGACAGCGUGGAGGGCGUUUUUCACCAAAUCUGGUAACGCUCUUCCCGGUAGAAACAUCUUCGUGACGGGUAUUGGGGGUGGUGUCGCGCUGAUGGUGUUGCUGUACGGCGUCGCACAAGGGUGCAAUGUCUAUGUGAGCAGCGGGAAUCAAGAGAAGAUUGAUAAGGCGAUUAAGCUUGGGGCGAAGGGAGGCGUGAAUUAUAAAGAAGAGGGGUGGGAGAAGAAGUUGAAGGCAAGUUUACCGAAGGAUCGGCCGUUUUUUGAUGCGAUUGUGGACGGAGCGGGAGGGGAUAUUGUGGCUAAGGGCACGAAGUUGCUAAAGGCUGGUGGCAUUAUCUCCGUCUACGGGAUGACUGUUGCACCAAAGAUGCCGUUCCUCAUGACGGCUGUUCUUAGCAAUAUCGAAGUUCGCGGCUCGACUAUGGGCUCACGCAAAGAAUUCGCGGACAUGGUUCAGUUCGUGCGCGAGAAGAAGAUCAGGCCUAUUGUUAGCAGGAGUGUGCACGGAAUGGAUAUAGGUCAAUUAGAUGGUCUGUUCGAAGAUAUGAAGAACGCGGCUCAAUUUGGGAAGCUGGUGGUCACAUUGGGCGAUAAAGGGAAGGCGAGUAAGUUGUAG